AAUACGGUGCUGGUCGGGAGCCGUUUGUGUCAAGUGUGAUCGCGCGUGAAAAGAGUAUGUUAUUCGAAUUAGAACAGUGCCGCCUAAUCUAGAGGAUCCUGCCGUUUUCGUAGACCCUGUUUUGCUGUCAACUUUCAGUGAUUAGGUAUCAAUUAUUGUGAGGUGUCGCCAAUUUAUAACGAUCGUGAAGACUGUCCACCGUGUGUCAGUUUGUGGUGAGUGAAGCGGUACAGUUAGUUGACACGAUUACCGCUAGGGUUCACGUUGAAACAAGUGCAAAGUUUGUUUAUAACAACAGGUGUUUCCGGUAUAUCGUGUGAAGUGCGCAGUGAGAUUUGACCUCUUUCGAAAUGUGCUGAUCGAGGCUGUACCCCCCGGGCGAAAGAAAGUGUUCGAUCGGUGGAUCAGAGUCCAAAAAGGAAGUGUCAAAAAAUAACGACAUCCACAGGCCAGUGCCAGUGAGAGUGAUUCUCCCUUGGGCGAAGUGAUCGAUUCAGAGGCUGCAGGUUGCGAGGAAGUUCAUAGCAAAAGUGUGUCAAUGAUUGUGACGCCGCGGAUGGCUGUGUGGAAGAAAGUGUUUUUUUCGUCUAAUGAAUGACACAUUUACUCGGGUAGGAUUUCCUGUUUCGUGUGGAAAAAUAAAAACAAGCGAUAGGUCAACUUUGCUCAAUAGAAAUCGAAACAACGGGUCACAUUGAGGAGUGGUUGAAAAGAAAUAAAUCGCAGUUCAUGUUUUUCGGAUAUUGUGCAGCUGUGGAUGAAGAAACGGAUGUUCAGUAAAGUUAUCAUUCCGGAGGCCUCUGAGGUGAAUUCAAACAAAAAAAUCCAUUCUCAACCAGAUCCAUUUUACGAUCGUUCUCGAGAGUUGUUAAACGGAUUGAAGCUGCAGAGCGCCACUGUAGGAUGAAGUAAAGAAAGGAAAAUAAACGCAUAGUUUGUAGAUUGCCUCCUCGGCUCAGGAUUAAGUGCAAUAGCAUCUGCCCGUGGAUUGUUCUGAGAUCUACCUCUAUCCGCUGCGCAUCGCAUCGCGAAUCGUGCUCCGCUAAUCGUCCGGAAUGUGUGAAAAUGAAAGUACAUAAUUCCAUCGGCCUGGGUGUGUGCAGUCGGGUUUGAAAAUUUUAGCUUCAAUAGCCCGACCUCCGAGGAGUGUGAAUUGAAUUCUCGCACUCUCCUCUAUUUUGUGUCGAUAAUUUUUUUGGCUUUUGGGAGGCGGUCGGUUUAACGAAGUGCAAAAAUUGAAUUCUCAGGCUUCGCGGAGUGUGACCGGCGUUUUUCUUAUUUUUGUUUUUGAUUUUUUUUUCUCUUUGAGUAAGUGUGCGUGUGUGCAUGUGAUUGUGGAUUGUGUUUUCCUCCUGUAACAUAAAUGUGUUGUUUCGAUUAGUGAGAGCUCUAACGACGAGUCGCAACCGAUUCCGUUGAUUGAUGAUAAUUGACCCCGGGCAGCUGGGCUAGGUUGGGCUGUAGUGCGGUGCAGCAGAAUAACGUGCGGAAAAGCCAGAAAGGCAGAUAAAGUGGUGGCGCGCGCGGUGAUAAGUUUGCGCGAUAUGAAAUUAUGUACCAUCUGAGACUAGGGUUUGAGGCAUGAUGAGGCGAAAAUCUAGCGUUAGAUUCUAGUUGAAGUUGAAGUGAUUGUACGGGGAUUCUUCGGGACUGGAUCCCUGUCCGGUGCCGUGUGUGAGGCGGAGUUUACUGUUACCCGGCGCAGAAGUGUAGAAAAAUGGUGCACGGUUCGUAGAAUUGUUAGUACAUCUGAUUGAGCAAUCGUCGAUAGAUCAUUUGUUUUGCUGAGCUACAGCCGAUCAAAGAGAUAAAAAGAACAGCGAAAGCGACGACGACAACGAAAGCUUCACUGCAACCACCACUAGACAGGUUGGCUAUGGCCAUUGCUGGAACCUUUUGCGAAACACAUUAGCAAAUCGGCGCAACAACCAACCGGCCACCACAGUCACAUCCCAGAGCAAACAACACAAUUCAGGAAGAUCCAUGAACCGUCAGCAAACAUGAAAGCCGAAGAAGAAUUAGCACUUCUGGCAAAAGCCAACCGCGGCGGCGGCAGCGGCGGCGGCGGCAGUGGUGGCAGUAGUGGCACCGUCCGACAUCCGAAGGUUGGCUCAAUUACGAUCAAUCAUAGAAGGAAAUGGCUAGAUCUGGAGCGACGAUCUGAGCCGGACGACGCAUCGCCGUCGACGGUGGCCCCGCCAGUGACGAGACGGUCUCGGGUCUCGGUUGGCCGGUGGACGUCCAGUGCGAUGGGGAGCAGCGGUUUGUUGCUCUUUUCGCGAUUGCUACUGCUGGCCACCCUACUGAUAGUGACCCACAAGGUGCAGGCCAUCGACGGGAAGCUGCAGCUGUGCGAGGUGGAAACCGGCCAGACGAACAUCAUUCUCGAUAUCGAGGAGAGCCGAGGCAAUUCAAUCGGCCAACGCACAACGCCUCCGGAGCUUCCGAUCUACGGUGAUCCGGAAGAGGAGAUUGCACUGGAUUUAAUCUUUCCGAAGGGCAAUCCCACGUUCGUUCUGAACGGUAAAUCCCUGCAACUGAUCCACCCACUCGAUCGGGACGAGGAGAAUCUCAGCCACAUCGUCUUCCAGAUAACGUGUACGAUCCGAUCAACGCGCCGCAAACGCAACAUACCGAUCAUCGUGCGAGUGUCGGAUGUGAACGAUAAUCCACCGAUGUUUAUCAACACGCCGUACGAAACUACCGUGCCGGAGUCCACUCCGGUCGGCACGACCAUCUUUCGCAGUAUCCAGGCCCAGGACAAGGACGCCGGUGUCAACGGCCUGGUGGAGUACUUUGUCGUCGAAGGUUCCCAGAAAAAUAUCUCGGAUAUUUCACCAAACACACUGACGGCGGCGGACGGGUACGGUGUGUUCGCCAUCGCAUAUCCUCAUCAAGGGCAGGUGACCGUCGUCAAAACGUUGGAUUACGAGCGCAUUCAGCGGUACUACCUGACAAUCGUCGCAUCGGAUCGCGCCCGCAAUGCGUCCGAGCGACUGACUGCAACUACCACGCUAACCAUCGAUAUUGCCGACUCGGACGAUCAGGAUCCGUCCUUCAUUUACCGGGGCUGUGUGCUGCUGGAUGGUGCUUGCCUUAAUCCGGAGUACGUUGCCUCUGUGCCGGCAGGGACUCUACAGGGUGUCCUCACGGUGACCCCCGAGCGGAUCCAGGCCGUUGAUCUCGAUACGAUCAGUUCACCGAUUCGCUAUUCAUUCCUCAGUGGGAUACCUGGUAACUAUGGAGACUACUUUGAUAUCGAUUCCCAAACAGGAGUUUUGAAGCAAACCAAGCUGGUGGAUUCUUCGGUGACCGCGAAAAAGUUCGACAUCAUCGUGAAGGCGGAGGAAGUGUCCGAAAUGAAACGAUUCACCACGGCUAAGCUAACUAUUCACGUGAAACCCGUGGAUGCAUAUUCGCCGGUAAUCAGCGUGACUUCCACGGAAGGUUUCGUGGACGAAAACUCUCCGAUCGGGACGGUUGUCACCGAUGCCAAGGGUAACCCGAUUCGGCUUACUACGACCGAUGCUGAUCUCGGAACCGAUGACGAACCAAUUGAAUAUAUUUACGAAGUAACCACGCCAUCUUUUGUGGUUUCCAGAAAGGGAGUUCUGCAUGUGAAUGAGGAAGGACUUGACCGGGAUCCGCCUAGUCCGGGGAAAUAUCGUUUUCAAGUGGUGGCUAGAGAAGCAAACGGGAAUGCGGCCAGUGCUCCGUUAAGUUUAACCGUUCACCUGAACGAUACCAAUGAUAACCCACCAAAGUUGGCCAUGGUUGCACCCGUUAGUCUCACAGCAGGUGAUGGUCGUCGGUUGGUAACCAAGGUUAUGGCAACGGAUAACGAUUCCGGUGAGAACGCGGUUGUUACCUAUUCGCUGUUCCACGUCUCCAACAAUGGGGGCAAUAAAUUUGCUAUUGAUACAAAAUCGGGUGAAAUCGAAACCCGUGCACGACUGAAUGCAGGUGAACAGUACAGUCUAACGGUACAAGCAUCGGACAUCGGAGGACUGUCAUCACAAGCAAUAGUAGAAGUGUCGAUCACACCUGGACCAAACACCAAACCUCCAAGAUUCAUCAAACCGGUUUACGAUGUACAAGUUAGUGAGGGUGCCGAAAUUAACUCAACCGUAAUUGUAGUUAGGGCAGAAGAUCCGGAGAACGAUCCGGUCAAGUAUGCGAUCACUACCGGUAACGACUUACGACAGUUUUCGAUUGGAAAGGAAAGCGGCGUCAUCAGUGUCAUUAGAAAAUUGGACAGAGAAGAUCUCACGAGGUACCAGCUUAUCAUUCGGGCAGAAGACAGUGGAGGUUUGGCGAGCAGUGCGACGGUCAACAUAAAAGUUACUGACAUCAACGAUAAGAACCCGGAGUUCGAUGAAAGUAUGCUACCCUACGUAUUUCACGUUGAUGAAGGCAGAGACAAUGCUGUGAUUGGAGUCGUACAUGCGACUGACGCCGACGAGGGUAUGAAUGCGGAAAUAUCGUACACCAUCCCUUCGGAUAUGCCGUUCAAAAUAAACUCUCGAACGGGUGAGAUACGAACGAAAGUUUCGUUGGAUUAUGAAAAACAGAGAGAGUACAAGUUCGUAGUGACAGCUCAAGAUGGUGCUCCGGAACCCCGGCUCGGUACGGCUAGUGUUACCGUGAAGGUUCGUGAUAUCCCAGAUGAAGUUCCACGAUUCAUGGAAUCGAUCAUUGAAGUUAAAAUUCCGGAAAACGUUCCCGACAUGGUGGUAACUACGGUGCGUGCCUUCGAUCCCGACACGAAACCGGAGGUCACGUACACUUUCAAACGUGGUCCAGGUGAUCUGUUCAAAAUUGACGCCAAGACUGGUCUCAUCAAAACUAUACGUGGCUUAGAUUACGAGAAGGACAAAAUUCAUGAGUUGAUCGUUGGCACACUGGAAAACAACGGAACCAAUCCGGGGGAUUACAUCAAAAUAAUGGUCGAGGUAGAAGAUCGAAACGAUAACCCGCCGGUGUUUGUAUCGAUUCCUGAACCCGUCAACAUAAACGAUGAUUUGCCGAUUGGAUCGAUCGUUGGUUCUAUGCCGGCAGUCGAUGGCGAUGGUUCUUCGCCUGGUAACGUAGUACGGUACGAAAUGGUUGGACGGGGAAAGGCACUGAAAUACUUCCAAGUAGAUCCGGACUCCGGAAUUGUUCGGAUCCGUGAUGAACUGCACAAGGAAGACGAUGCGGAAUAUUUGGUGGAUGUACGAGCCUACGACAUGGGAGAACCUCAGCUCAGUUCAGUUGCUACGCUACCGAUCUACGUAAGUCACAUUCCAGCUAAUCCGAAUGGUGAUUCUGCCGAAUCGCGUGUCGAUGCCGGUGGCAUCGUAAAUUUGGAAGUACAAGGACUAGCCUUCAGUGACGAUAGCUACACUACAAGUGUCCCGGAAUCUACCGGUAUCAAUGCGACGAUCAAGCUAAUUCAGAUAAUCAAUUCUAAGAAGGCGACCAAACACAAUGGAGGAUUCAAAUGUGAAAUCAUCAAUGGAAACGAACUCAAUUUGUUCCGAAUAACAAUCGAAGAUCAUGCCUGUGGUUUGGUUCUGAAUGGUCCGUUAGACUACGAAACCACCGGAACUCAUAAUCUCGAGGUUCGGCUGUUAUCGAACAAGUACUUUGUAAAUCAACAUAAAAACUUUGCUCAAGUGAAAAUCAUUGUCCAAGACGAUAACGACAAUGUUCCGCGAUUCCAGUUCCCGAUCAGCUUCCAGCAAGGGGUACGCAACGAUUCGUACUAUGCCGUAAUCAAUGCUGAUGCCGAUAUCGAUACACCACUGAUCACGGUGAAGGCGGUCGAUAAGGAUGCUGGAAUGUAUGGACAGCUCAAGUAUCACAUCUACGACGAGAAAGUAAACGAAAUACCGGAUGACGAUUCGCCAAGUUCAUAUUUCACCAUCAACGAAGAUAACGGAAUGAUUAAGACUCAGAAAAAUUUGCAAGGUGUUCGACAAAGACCGCUGGUGUUUCUGGCGGAAGCACGGGACAACAAUGGCAAUUCGUUGGCGGGCGUCGUACACAAAGCGAAGGCCCGAGUUGUGGUCAACACCAUUGCCGACAUCAACCGAAUGACUCUGGUGUUUUCCGAUUCAACGCCGAAAGACAUGCGGCGACAUGUGAGAGCACUGGAAGAGCUGUUGCACGAGAAGUCCACGGGACUGAUUACGGGGAUUGAGCGGUUCAGCACUAGGAAGGUUUUAAAUGAAAACGGAACUGUCGAAGAGCUGAAUGGAGCUACGGAUGUUUGGUUCUAUGCUGUGGAUCCUAAGACUGAGAAAAUUCUCGAAAGAAAUUCGUCAUCUGUGAUGAACACUAUUCUGGCACCCGCAAUCCUGUCCCAAAUCAACUUUGAAGCUUCCAGUAUUGCACGGGCUACAGCUCAAGGAAUAUUUGGACCAGUAGAACCGAAGCAACAAAUCCAAAAGGUGAAAGCCGCAGUCCUAGUGAACGAUGAUGUCUUCCCGUACGCACUCAUUGCCGUGGCCGUCGUUAUCCUCGUCCUAGGGUCAAUCGGAAUCGUUUAUAUCUGCAUCUCUUGGUCUAAAUACAAAAAUUUUAAACAAAGAAUGCGCCAGUAUAAUGCACCUGCUAGCCCAGUACGCUAUGAUCCGGUUAUCAUUAACUCCCAGGCCCCUGCAUCCGAAAAUCAAACUAGUCUGAAAGAAUACGAAACUCAGGUUCUGGCCAUGGCAGUCCCAUUAGACGAAGGAGAUGAUCUUCAGCUAGACUUCAGUGCCAAAAACCAUGCAUUUAGUUUAGACAAUGUUAGCUACAUCACACACAAGGAGAAUGGUCAGCACAGUCCAACGAACUCGGACGCAACGACGGCGGUUGUCGGUACAUUACAUCGCAACAAUAACAACAACACGAAAAACAACAACAACCUUAACAUAAACAACCGACAAAAUACUCUGAAUCGAACGUUGGAGAUUAACCGCAACAACUACUUAAACCCGCUGGGUUCAGUCAGCAACGGAACGCUACCGGGGACACUGACACUAGGGAGAAUAAAGUCUGAACGAAACAAUUACAUUAAUGGCUAUGGAGACACUCUGAAUCGAAACAAUCUGUCGAUGGCACAGAACAACACUUUCAACACUCUCGGGCGUAACCAUCGAAACAUCAACGCCACCAGCAACAACAUCAACAACAUGAACCACCAGCACAACCACAGCGCUAACCACCAUCACGGAUCCGAAGUGGUCACCAAUACGCUGGGAAGAAACAAUCGGUACACCGAUGUGCCAAUCAGCAACCCACUGUUCCAUAUCCGACAAAACGGCGACUUGCAAUCCCAACCUCAACUCAAUCACGCGAGUCCGACCAACGAGAAUGUGACAUUUGGCAAGCGAGACUACAACCAACUGCCAUUUUCAUACCUGAACGAUUUGGAUCGAUCGGACGCCGAAACAACCACCGAACUGUAGAGUAAGGAAGGGAAGAGUUUGCCUGUGCCGCGCGUAAAUUAUUGAAUCAUUUUUCUGUGGUCAAAAGAUCAUGUUUUGAAUUAAGUUCGAAUUACCUGGUACAACGCAUGUGUAAAGUUCAACUUUCAGCAGCCAUUUUGGAACGAGUAUAGAUCAACUGCCGUAGUUGUAAGAUAUUUUAAUCCUUUUUAACCCGUUGUUUUUAUGUUUUGGAUAGUUCUAGGCGAUCCAUAGUUAGUUGCAAUAUUUCCUCAACCGUUUAUUUACAUUCUUUAUAGUACUUUUUUAUGUAUAAAGUUUUGUGGCAUUUUCUACUUUAAACCGAAAUCUCAGUGGUUUCCACCAACAAAUUUCUACUGAAACUUUUUAAUUACUCCGUACAAACUAUGGCGACAUAUUUAUAAUAAAGCAUUGCAUAAAAUAAAAUCAUAGGUAAGUAUGGUUCGUGUAAAAAGUUAGAAAUUUUAUAUUCAAUUAGAGUUGAAAAGAAACAGCUUUCACUUUGUACAUAACGAGUCAUUCGAUAGCUAAGCUUAAGUGGAAAUAAAUUUAGCUACGUUAGAGAAAUUAGGUUUUAUCAAAACUAUGGUAAAACGAUCAGCAGGAAUACUGAACAAUUCACGAUUCUUCCAGGAACUGAAGCUGAUUGUGUUAGAACAAUUCUAGAGUAACAUAUUUUUUUGCUUACCGCAACACUAGUUGACAAAUACGAUGGCAGUUUUAAGAUUAGUUUAGAAGCAGAAUGCAUAUAUUAUCAAUAAGUAAGAGACUUUUACUCAAUGUAUUGUAUAAAACCGAAAACUGUGAAAUAAAUUCCAUCCAGAAGAGAUUACAUAUUAAGA